GGGGGUCAUUUCCUGAGAGUUAUUUACUUGAAGCCAGAUGAUGACUUUUUGUAGGGGAGGGAGGAGGCAGGACUGUAAGUUGGACCAACUCACAGGUCCUUCUCACUCACUCAGUCAGUCACGCAGUCGUGGACGGAGGAUCACAUUCACACUCCGUGGACUACUUUUUUUUUUUUUUUUGGGAGAGACCCCCUUUUUCACUGUGGAUUUUACUCCCACUAACGGAUUGUAACCAGGGGAUUACUUCAGGCUAGAACAUCCAUCAACAUGGAUGAUUCUACAAAAUUAUGCGUGAUCUUUGGCUCCAUCCUGGCGCUAACAGUCACAGUUACAUGCGGACUGUCGCCGCCCACCAUCGUCUCCAACGAGGACGAGUUCGUCCUGAGGCCCAACUCGGUGUUCAACAUCAGCUGCACCGGCAAGAACAACGUCGUCUGGGUGGAGCCUCUUCCCCACAACACCUUCGUGUACCCUGGAUACCUCACCGCCACUUUGUUCAUCUACAACGCCACCGUGGAAAACACCGGCUACUACGUUUGCGUCUACGAGGACUUGGCGGGAAACCCGGAGGAAGCCACGGAAGCCGAGAUAUACGUCUUUGUUCCUGACCCCCUGGCUCCAUUCGUGCCGGAGACCCCUGACGAUGUGGUGGGCUCCGUCGGAGUGGUCAUUUCCUGCCGCGUGUCCGACCCCAACUCUCACGUCACCCUGCGGAGCGUCCCCGGCGGUGAGAAGGUGUCCGCUUUCUACGACAACAAGAUGGGCUUCUUCGGCGAUUUCCUGGCCGGCCGCUACCAGUGCGAGACCACCGUGGGAGGGCAGGUGGCGACCAGCGCCGUCUACACAGUCAAGGAUGGCGCGCCGACCCACGUGGAGGACUUUCACGUGGACGCCAGAGCCAGCACGGACGCCUUGAGGGCGGGGCAGCCGCUCAACGUCACCUGCGUCACCCCCGCCGGCUCCGCCUUUCAGCAGCAGUGGCUCCACCCCAAAACACAGGCUUUGAACGCUGUUCAGAAGAAACAGAUUCUCCCAGACCGGGUCGUCUACACCCUCGUUAUCCAACAAGCAAGCCUGCAGGAUAGCGGCACGUACGAGUGCUCGGUCACCCACGAAGGCAGCGGAAAGGUCCGAGUGGACACCGUGGCCGUUACCGUCUUCGAGGAGAGUUCCUUUGUGGCCUUGGACCACAGCGGUAUCCUAGCAACGCAGUUUGUCAGCCUCCUGGAGGAGACCGAGUUCACUAUCCUCAUCGACGCCUCCCCGGCCCCCAAAGUGACGUGGCAGCACGACGGCAAAGACAUACCGCAGAGUUACUACGUGGGGGCCAAAACCAGCCACCUGGAAGGCAACCGGUACCAAAGCAUCCUGAUAUUCCGGCAGCCUCUUGAAAGAGACAGUGGGAACUACACCAUCACGGCCCUGAGCGGCUCUCGCACGGCUCAGUUCUCCUUCACGCUCAAAGUUAAAGCCUCCACCGCCUUGACCUUCCCGCCGUCCUCGGGGCCGGUGCUGCUGCCGCAACAGGAGGAGAUGGUGGUGGCUCUUGGCGCUUCCUUCACCCUCACCUGCCGGGGCGAGGCCAGCCUCGCCUGGGAGAUGCCGCUGGACGCGCCCGAGCAGACGCGGGAGGACAACAGCGGCCUGUUUGUCACCACCAUCACGGUGGCCCACGCCACGGUCCUGCACACGGGCUUCUACACCUGCUUCUACAGCCAGAACGCCACAGAGGAGGCGGAGGAGAGCAGCAUCUACGUCUACGUGCCGGAUCCGGACGUCCCCUUUGUGCCGUCGCCGGUGCCCUUCGGGAAUCAUGUCCUGUCCGGCCACGAGGAGAUGGAGAUCCAAUGUCGGGUGUCCGACCCCGGCGCUAAUGUCACCCUGCUCAACGUGGACACCCAGCAGCCCAUCCCGAACGUCUACGACAGCAAGAGAGGCGCCCUGGGGGUGUUCACCGCCGGGACCUACGUCUGCAAGGCCGUGGUAAACGGAGUGGUGCACUACAGCGAGGAGUACAUCGUCCACGGCUGGACCGGUGGCGCCGCUCUCCACGUGGAGCUGUCGGCCAAGCGCACCGCUCUGCUGGUGGGAGACCCCAUCACUGUCACCUGCUUGGCCCGCGGGUCGGAGAUUCUGGAGGAUCACUGGAAGUACCCCGGCAAACUGGCUAACCGCGCGAUGAAGACGGUGCACGAGAACAAGCGCGACCAGGAGAUUCUUUACACGCUCACCAUCCCGCAAGCCUCGGCGAAAGACAGCGGCGUCUACGCCUGCUCCAUCACCGACAUCAUCAGCAACGACAGCCAGACGAAGCAACUCGCCAUCACGGUUUACGAACACAAGUUUUUAUUCCUGCGACCGGAGUUCGGAGUCCUGGAAUCGGCCGAGCUGGACGAGGUGCGGGAGUUCCGGGCUGAGAUCGACUCGUUCCCAAGCGCCCGCGUCACCUGGCUCAAAGACGGCCUCCCGCUGAGCGACAUCACCGCCGAGAUCUCCACCAACCUGCGGCAGGUCAGCGAGACCAGGUACUUGGGUGUUCUCACUCUGAUCCGAGCAAAGGAGGAGGACAGUGGCAACUACACCAUGAGGGUGGAGAAUGGGAACCAAACUCGCAGUGUCAGCUUUAACCUCCAGGUCAAAGUCCCUGCCGUCAUUGUGGACCUGAUGGACAUCCACCACGGGUCAGCCUCAGGCCAGUCUGUGGUGUGCAUCGCUGGGGGGCAGCCCACACCUGAAGUGGAGUGGUUCAUCUGCAAGGACAUUAAACACUGCGCCAACGACUCGUCACAAUGGGCGCCGCUCCCCGCCAACUCCACCGAGAUCACGGUGGAGUCGCACCUGGACGAGGAGAACAACCUGGAGAGCCAGGUCCUGUUUGGCCAUCUGGAAAACACGCUGGCGGUGCGCUGCUUGGCCAGGAAUGAAAUGGCCGCCGUCAGCCGGGAAGUAAAGCUGGUGUCCAGCGGCCCCCAUCGAGAGCUGACCGUAGCUGCCGCCGUGCUGGUGCUGCUGGUCAUUGUCAUCAUCUCACUCAUUGUCUUGGUUGUUAUCUGGAAACAGAAACCGCGCUAUGAGAUCCGCUGGAGGGUGAUCGAGUCCGUCAGCCCGGACGGCCACGAGUACAUCUACGUGGACCCCAUGCAGCUGCCCUACGAUUCCAGAUGGGAGUUCCCGCGUGAUCGACUUGUGCUUGGUCGCAUCCUGGGCUCUGGAGCCUUCGGGAAGGUUGUGGAAGGCACCGCCUAUGGACUCAGCCGUUCCCAACCUGUCAUGAAAGUGGCGGUGAAAAUGCUGAAACCCACGGCGCGAUCCAGCGAGAAGCAAGCCCUGAUGUCAGAGCUGAAGAUCAUGACUCACCUUGGACCUCAUCUCAACAUCGUUAACCUCCUGGGCGCGUGCACCAAGUCAGGCCCGAUUUACAUCAUCACUGAGUACUGCUUCUACGGGGACCUGGUCAACUACCUUCACAAGAACAGAGAGAACUUCUUGAGCCUUAGCCCGGAAAAACAGAAAAAAGACCUGGACAUCUUUGGAAUCGACCCAGCAGAUGAGAGCAGCAGGAGCUACGUGAUCCUGUCCUUUGAGAGCAAAGGCGACUACAUGGACAUGAAGCAGGUGGACAGCACUCAGUACGUGCCCAUGCUGGAAAUGGCCAACACCUCCAAAUAUUCCGACAUCCAGCAGUCGGACUACGACCACCCACCGUCCCAGAAAGGCUCCGGGGAAGGGGACACCCUGUUGUCGGACGACAUGGACGAGGGUCUGUCCACUACGGACCUGGUCAGCUUCACCUACCAGGUGGCCAAGGGCAUGGAAUUUUUGGCAUCCAAAAAUUGCGUGCAUCGUGACCUCGCCGCCAGGAACGUUCUCCUCUCUCAGGGCAAGAUCGUGAAGAUCUGUGACUUCGGGCUGGCCAGAGACAUCAUGCACGACAACAACUACGUGUCCAAGGGAAGCACAUUCCUGCCAGUCAAGUGGAUGGCGCCAGAGAGUAUUUUCGACAACAUGUACACCACUCUGAGCGACGUCUGGUCUUACGGAAUCCUCCUCUGGGAGAUAUUCUCCUUAGGUGGAACUCCUUAUCCCGGCAUGGUGGUGGACUCCAGCUUCUACAACAAGAUCAAGAGCGGCUACAGGAUGUCCAAGCCGGAGCAGGCGUCUGACGACGUCUACGAGAUGAUGAUGAAGUGCUGGAACAGCGAGCCGGAGAAGAGGCCGUCCUUCCUGGGCCUGAGCGACACCGUGUCGUCCCUGCUGCCUUCCAGCUACAAGCGGCAUUACGAGCGGGUCAACCGCGACUUCCUGAAGAGCGACCACCCGGCCGUGACCCGCGUGUGCGUGGAGAGCGACGACGCCUACAUCGGCAUCGCCUACAAGAACCAGGGCAAGCUGAAGGACAGGGAGAGCGGCUUCGACGAGCAGCGCCUCAGCUCCGACAGCGGCUACAUCAUCCCCCUGCCCGACCUGGACCCCACGUCUGACGACGAGUACGGCAAGAGGAACAGACACAGCUCGCAGACGUCCGAGGAGAGCGCCAUCGAGACGGGCUCCAGCAGCUCCACCUUCGCCAAGCGCGAGGGCGAGACCCUGGAGGACAUCACGCUGCUGGACGAGAUGUGUCUGGACUGUAGCGACCUGGGCGAGGACAGCUUCCUGUGACGCCGGGACACGAGGAGGAGCCGCCGUCAAAAACCGAACCACUCUCAGACUUUGAACUCUUCCGGGACACUGCCCCCCCUGCUGGGCCGGAGGACCGAGUGACGAGGACUAAAAAAAAAAAGCUGCCACAUUUUAGUGAACAAAAAAACAAAACAAUGGAGAGCUUUAUUUAUCGGGCAUUCUUUAACUGCAAGAGCAGCUUUAAACGACAUGUUUGAACCACUAUGUCAACUGGUACACCCUGCAGGAGAACACCUGAUGCUGGCACAAUCAGUAGCAAUACUUUCCAAAGCACAAACGUGUGUGGAGAAACGACCAUUAUCAUUAUUAUGAUGGUCAUAAUUACCGUAUGACGUUCUCAGUGGCUGAAUUAUUUUUUUACCUAACCGUCGUGUAUUAUUUGUGAAUAUGAAGUAUGCCUGUGCGAUUGAACCAUUGAAGGAGUGUGAUUGUGUUGUAAAUACCACCAGAGUUGUUGUUUUAUUAAGAGGGAAAUACAUGUUUUAUACCAGCACACCCACGCCAAGGCCUUUUGUUUCAAGGACGAUCCAAGAAGAGUAUUCCGCAAUAUUUGUUGAGUGCUUUGCCGUGUUCGCCACCCUCCAAAAGCUACGAGUUCAUACGAUGUCGUACAUCAGUUUGUCGCGUGUUUCCCUCACUCCCCCAGCUGCACCACUGCCCUUUUUAUGUCAACUGUGACGCCGUCUGCAAUGCAAUGUUGCACUUUUUUUUUUCUCCUUCUUUUGUUUAUGUCGCAGGAGACGUUUGGCCAGGCUGACGGUACACUUUCUGUUCAAAUAAUAAUAAUAGCUAAUCACCCAAAUAAGAUGGUUUACUACUACUAUUGUUCCAUUAUUCUUUGUACAUUCAGAUGAUUUAUAUUGCAAUAAAUGCUUUAAAAUGUGAAAAAAAAAAGAAGAAAAAAAAAGGCGUCUCGCUCUCCAGGUGUAUGAGAUAUGAAAGUCGUACAGUAACGGAUGAAGCAUUGCGAAUGUGAAUGAUGUGAAAUUGUAAGACAUAACUUAUGUAGGAACAAAAUAACAGCAAAUUAUAAGGAGUGUUAGGAUUACAUCGUAAAAGUAAAACAAUAUAAUAAUGAUGAGAAUUAAAAUAAAACAAAUUGGUUA